AUGGCCGCAGCCCCGUCCAGCCAGUGCCACUUCGGGGAGGGCGCCCCGGGCGCCGCUGUCCGGACCCCGCACGCCGGCGGGGCCUUCCUCCCGCCGCCGGGCCCCGGUGUCGACGACCGCACGCUGCAGGCGACCUACGCCGGCUUCCUCGGAAGGAGCCCCGGGCCCGCCGCCCCCAGCCCCGCCGGCGUCGGCCCGCCCAACGCGCCCUGCAAAGGGGCCGCCGCUCCGUCCGUCUCGCAGCGUCGCAAGCGCACGUCCUUCAGCCCCGAGCAGCUGCGAGUGUUGGAGCUGGUGUUCCGCCGGACCAUGUACCCCGACAUCCACCUGCGCGAGCGCCUGGCCGCGCUGACUUUGCUCCCCGAGUCCAGGAUCCAGGUGUGGUUCCAGAACAGACGUGCCAAGUCAAGGCGCCAAAGUGGGAAAUCCUUUCAGCCUUCAGUGAGGCCAGAGCUGCUCCUCUCCCAGUCUGCCCAUGAAUUGGAUGUGAAACAUUUGAAGCCCCAGCUGCCUCUGCAUGCAGAGGUAGAUGUGAACUGCCUGCCUGAUGCCAACAGGGUCGGAGGGGAUAUUUCUGACCCUGGCUCCCAAAAUCAGAACUUUCAAACCUAUUCUCUCUCUGAAGACAUUGGUUCAAAGCUGGACUCAUGGGAGGAACACAUCUUUUCUGCCUUUGGGAACUCUUGA